AUGGAAAAAAAGCUGAAGCUACCAUCGGGCGUCUUGGGCGCUCCGGUACUCUCCGGGGCCAGCACUGCGCUUGCAGUUGCCGCUGGUGUCGUGGCCGUCGUGGGGAUGGCCACAUUUCACAAGCGUGCAGCCGCGCGGGCCGACACUCACAAGAAGAACGGUAUUUGUGUCGGGCUGUUGCGCAUGCACGUGCCUCAGAAUUUUCGAGAUCUGGUGAAGAACGACGUGCUACUGGAGAAAGCAACGGAGUUCGUCUCGCAGACUCUGUUGGUAUUCGUGUCAGGUAGGAACACGCAUGAGGUGGUCAACUACGUCAGCGAGCUCUACGGCAUGGCAUGGGACGUCGCCUGUGCACUGGACAAGCCCUUCCUGGACAUUCGGAUUGUGGGCGGUGGAGUGUCUUCGAACUGCAAAACGUGGGAAGAGCUGGUGCUGCAGCCGGACUUGAACGCGGUCUUCGGUGAGGACGCUCUGGUGGACGUACAGCGCCUCAAUGCGCAGCGAUUCGAGCGUGACGGACUGUUUGCAGUCACGUAUCAUCCAUUGGCGAUGCAUGUGGAGAGGAGGCUGGCAGCCGACGUUAACUACUUUGAGAAUGAGCACGCGGACCUGACGCCACACGACCUGGUCAUCCUGGGAGGCACGUUCGACCACUUGCACAAUGGGCACAAGAAGCUGCUGUCGCUUGCUGUAAGUAUCUGUGCGAACCGCGUUCUGGUGGGUGUUACAGCAGAUAGUAUGCUGAAAAAAAAGUCACACGCAGAGUUGGUUGAGCCCCUGGAAAAGCGAAAGAGUGCGGUGCGAGACUACAUUGCAUUCCUCAAUCCGCAGAUCGUUGCGGACAUUGUGACAAUCGAAGAUCCCUUUGGUCCAGCAAUUGUCGUCCCAGAGCCAGCAGCGAUGGUUGUAUCCACCGAGACGCUUACGGGUGCUGCAAAGAUCAACGACAUUCGCGUGGGUCGUGGACUGCCAAAGCUCCGCAUUUUUGCAUGUCGCCGUACGGAGAGCAGCACCCUCAGCUCUAGUUGCAUCCGUGCAAAGAUCGCAGCAUCUCGAGAGCACUAA